CAGUGAAUCGAUCGCAAUGCCUUGCGUGGCAGCUCCACUCUCCUAGCCGCCGCCCCUCUCUCCUCUCCAAUCCGGCUCCAUCUCCAAUCUGGAGCAAUAUUAAUCUACUCCCGAUUCUUCCGAGUUCAGUUACUACCCAACUCUGCUACUCCGCUUCCUCCCAGGCUCCCACCAUCGUCUCGCCUUCCUCCCAAGAUACGGCGGCGGAGAGGAACGACCUGUGCGGAUUCGUAGCGUUAAUAAAUUGCCACCGACCGAUCGGCUUCUUUCUUCCUUCCCAAUCGGUGUUGCGGCGGCCGGCGAGUCCGAGGAACUACAAGGGCCGGCACGACACUCUGUUUGGUCUGCAGGGGAGAAGACAGAGUUAGAUGGGGGCCAUCCUCUGCUGCUUGCGCGGCCCCGACGACGAGGCGCCUGGUUGUUGCUUGUGCCUGCCAUGGCCUUUCUUGAACAACGAUCUUCAGGACUCGGGCGCCGCUGCACGCCAAAGAGCGGAUGCACGGGUUGCACCUGUUGAGGGAAGGGUUCCUCUUGCUGGUUCCACUGGUUCAGGGCAGGAUGAUUCGAUGAAUACUUUUCGCUGCCCUCCGAGGCCAUUACCUUAUGACGAUCCUCAGUUCAUCCAUCAGAUGGAGCAGCACCCGCUAGUGGCAGGGCAUGACAAAGCUUCAACGCGGUUCAGGAAAUCUAUUCAGCUUGAAGAAGGCAACAAUUCUGAUAUCAGAUCAGCUCGAGCAGCUAAGAAGGCUCACGGGUCAUCCCUUAAAGGUCAAUCACAAGGUCAAAAGAUUGUGGGAACACAAGUAGAUGUUCCUUCUGACUUUCAGGAUGACUGUCCAAUAUGCCUAGAAGAGUAUGAUUACGAGAAUCCAAAAAUAGAGUUGCAAUGCAACCAUAAUUUCCAUCUUGGCUGCAUUUACGAGUGGAUGGAAAGAAGUCAAUCUUGCCCUCUCUGCGCCAAGGUAAUGCUAUUCAACGAGGAGCAAUAGCCAUGCUGCCACAUGUCUUUGCGCAUGCUGAAGACAUGAAUCGUGUAGGUUGUGUACAUAGCGUUGAUCAAAUCAAGUCUCUAGAUUGUUUGCUGAAACCUCCAGCAACAAUUCGGCUUUUCUUUCUAGAGCAGAUAAUCUUUUUUUCUUUUCUCCACAAAGUUGAUAAUUUGUGCCAAUGCGAAACUGACAUUUCAAACUGAUGUUAGUCUGAUGAAUUUUGGGUGAUUACAUUAGCUUGGCAUACUGAAGCACGAAACUCUGGAAACUUCACCAGUUAUUGCUACUUCUUUGCCAACUGUUUGCAGCAGGAACCGUGCUGUUUUUAUUG